CUUGUUCCAGGGAGUUGCAAACAGUGUUGCAAACAUAAUGAAUAUUUGGUCCAUAACUUGGGACAGUAGAAAGAACACCAGCUUUGAAGUCAGUUCAGACCUGUGUCUGCUGCAUAGUUGAAAUUGUGAGCAACUUUCAGCCUGGUAUGGCAGAAAAACCAAUGUGUAUGCCCAUACAAAUACCCCAUGAUGAAGAUAUGCAAAAAGGAGAUAGUGUCCGUUGCUUAACAAUGCUUGGUCAUUUUGGUUUUGAAUGUUUGCCUCAUCAAUUGGUGAACCGAUCUAUCCAACAAGGAUUCUCUUUUAAUAUUCUGUGUGUGGGAGAAACUGGGAUUGGAAAAUCAACACUCAUUGACACAUUAUUCAAUACUAAUUUGAAAGACAAAAAAUCCUCGCAUUUUUACUCAAAUGUUGGACUUAAAAUUCAGACAUAUGAACUUCAAGAAAAUAAUGUUCAAUUGAAAUUAACUGUUGUGAGAACUGUGGGAUAUGGUGAUCAAAUAAACAAAGAAGCCAGCUACCAACCUAUAGUUGACUAUGUAGAUGCUCAAUUUGAGGCUUAUCUUCAAGAAGAAUUGAAAAUUAAACGUUCCUUCACUGACUACCAUGAUUCCCGUAUACAUGUGUGCCUUUACUUCAUUUCACCUACAGGACAUUCUCUGAAGUCUCUUGAUCUAUUAACAAUGAAAAACAUUGACAGUAAGGUGAACAUUGUACCAUUGAUUGCCAAAGCAGAUACAAUUUCUAAAUAUGAUUUACAGAAGUUCAAGUGUAAAAUAAUGACUGAAUUGGUUAGUAAUGGCAUCCAGAUAUAUCAGUUUCCAACAGACGAUGAACCUACUGCUCAGGCGAACUCUUCAAUGAAUGGACAAUUACCAUUUGCUGUAGUAGGGAGUAUGGAUGAAGUGAAAGUUGGAAAAAGAAUGGUCAGAGGCCGUCAGUACCCUUGGGGAGUUUUACAAGUGGAAAAUGAAAAUCACUGUGAUUUUAUCAAGCUCCGGGAUAUGCUUCUUUGUAUAAAUAUGGAAGACCUGAAAGAACAAACCCACAUUCAGCACUACGAAUGGUACAGAUGCUGCAAACUGAAGAAAAUGGGCUUUACUGAUGUGGGUCCAGACAACAAGCCACUUAGUUUUCAAGAGAUCUAUGAAGCCAAAAGACAAAAGUUCUAUGAUCAAUGUCAGAGGGAAGAAGAAGAAUUGAAACAAAAAUUUAUGCAGCGAGUAAAGGAAAAAGAAACAACAUUUAAAGAAUCUGAAAAAGAGCUACAGAAAAAGUUUGAUCAUCUUAAAAGAGUCCAACAAGAGGAGACAAUGAAACUUGAGGAGGAGAGAAGACAACUGGAAGAAGAAAUAAUAGAUUUUUAUAAAAUGAAGGCUGUUUCUGAAACAUUACAGACUCAAGUGUGCACCAACAUAAAGAAAGAGAAAGAUCGUAAGAAAUAGUCCUCUCUUACUAUUCUGUGCAUUGUAGAACCCUAUCAUGCUCAGUUCUACAUUCCUAUGAGAUUACCUUCAUAGUACUUAAUUGUACUAAUUUUUAAAAUUUGUAUUCUUAUUGUAUAUAUUCCCCAACUAGAAUGUUAACUCCUCAAGAGCAGGUACCCUGAUCAUCUUGUUGGAUUCUGUAUCCUCAGUGUUUACAAUAAAGUUUCCAUUCAAUAAAUAUUUGCUAAAAA